UAGCUAGGGAGUCUCCAUAAUUUUUCUUUUAUUAGAACCGGAGGAAAGUUCCAAUUAGAAUCCUGAUCGUAUUAGAAGUUGCAUUAGUUCUCUCUCUCUCUCUCUCUCUCUCUAUAUAUAUAUAUAUCGACCCAUAGCUAGUCAGCAAGAGAGAGAGAGAGAGAAGUCCUCAUGAUGGCUCUCAACACCUCAGGUAUGAAGACGUCGAGCAUCGGAAAGCCUUUGUCCGGCCUCUCACUCGAGCACGGCCGCCCGUUGGAGUACCCGUCGGGUUCGAGCCGCCCCGUGCUCCGCAACGGGAGGUUCUACUGCCUGGCCAGCGACGGAAGCCUCGCGACGUUCGACCCCUCCCGGGGCGAGUGGCGUGUCCUCGACAGGCCGAGCCCCGUGCACGAUGGCGGCGACGUUAUGCGCUGCUCCCUCGUUGAGCGUAACGGGAGACUCACGUCGGUUUUCGUGGAACGGGAGAGCCAGUACGUUAGCGUGUUCAGGCUCGACGAGGAGGAGAGCGAGUGGGAGGAGGUGACCUCGUUGGGCGGCGGCGGCGGCGGCCAGGCGCUGAUCGUGGGCUAUCCAGAGACUCUACUUCGCUCCUCAAUCUAAAUCUAUUUGCACUCAAAAAGAAAAAAAAUCACAAUCAUCAACUAGAUAAUUAAUUAAUGGUUGUGAUUACGUAACGGUCCCCGUACUAUUUUAUUCGGUUUAUUAGUUAAGCGACGACUACUCUUAAUGUCCUAUUUGUUUUGGUCAAGGAAUGCAAUUGAACUUUUUCCCUCUGUAUAAUUAUUGAAAUAUUUGUGGGAAAGACAGUUGCCCUAGAAGUGCAUUCGAAUAAAGUUUGCAGGAUCCCGGACAUA